AUGGUUUAUUCUAGUGAAGCUUCUAAAUGGAAAGCCUACCAAUUCAAUGACCCAUUUGCGGCUGGGUCAUUUUUCGUUUGUAAUAAAGUCAGUCAAAUUUAUUGUCGUCCCGAUUGUGAUUCUCGACCAACCACCAAUUUGAAACUGGAAAUCAAGUUUACUGACACCAAUGAAGAAGCAUUGCUGUUGGGAUACAAGCCAUGUGAAACAUGCGAUCCUAUUCAUAGUUAUGCCAUUGACGUCAAUUUGUUAAUCAAAUGUGUUGCUACUGUUAAUGAAAGAAUCGGGUUUAUUCAACCUUUAUUGGAUGAAAACGAAGAAUCAAAUACUCGGAAAAUCAAAGAAAAUAUUAUUGAAACAAGAAAAGAAGAAGACGGAUUAAGAUCCAUUCAUAACUUUGGUGAUCUUAAAAGCAGCCAUCAUCGUGGGUCCGUUCCAAAUAUUACUAGCAAAGAUUUGAGUUUAUCGAAAAAUGAUUCGGACCAUUACCGUUUGGUUGAUUUGGCAUGUCGUCAUUUGGCAUUAGCUGCUGCUAUAAAUGUAUUUCAACCAAAACAACAAUCAAACAGUACCGAGGAGCCAAGUUCCCCCACUGCUAAUGGUAAUGGGAAAAGAAGAAGAAGAAGAGGUGGUGUGCUUGGAUUCAAAGAGUUGGCUGCUAAAUCAAAGUUGAGUGCUUGGCAUUUCCAUCGAGUGUUUAAAUCGGUGCUCGGGUUGACCCCUAAGACUUAUGGUGACAAAUGUUGGGAUUUUAUUAAGAAAGUCAAAGAAUCAGGUGAGUAUACCACAUUUGAAGUGUAUUCAACACCAAAGUCCUCGACUUCAUCGUCGCUAACUUCACCACAGUUAUCUGCCACAACAGCAGCUGGUUCAAGCAACAAGAAAAAACAUCACCACCAUAGUGCCAGUGAUUCGGUAUUUUCUCCUCAUGAUGACACAGCUUCCAAUCCUUCGAUUCCAUUGACACCAAUAAGUCAAACAAUACCAAGUCUAAGCAAUCCAAACACUGCAGUUUCCGAUAUGGGAACAAUAUCGUACCCAACAACUUUAGAUGAUCAAUUGUUGAAUAUGAACUUUGCUGAUGAAUCAAGUUUGCCAAUGACGAAAAUGCCUUCUUAUUCCGAUUACAAUUUGCUUCCCAACAACAACAGUGUAAACAAUAAUGAUGAUAAAUUACAAUACAACAUAUUACCAUCGCAACAAAACUAUCAACACCAACAAUUUUCAGUGCCAUCAUCAACCGCUCCAGUAUUCAGUGAAAUGUUUGACUCCGUACCUUCAUCAUCUUCGACAACCAAUAUCAGCGUGACUGAUUCAAUUUCGAAUAAUAAUACCAGUGCACCAAUGUUUAACACUGAUAUGUUUAAAGAUUUGGAUUAUUCUCAGCCAAUACAAUCACAUACACAGUCGUCGUCAAUUGACUAUGGAUUAGGUGAGGAUUUAGGUUCAUACUCUUCGAUGUUUGAUGAAAACAUGUUCACCACUACUAGUGUUAAUCCAUAUAAUAACGCUAGUAACAAUAAUGGCUUCAAUUCAAUGUUUUCAUUUGGCGCUGGCGUAGAUGAAGACACCACCACUACCAAUAUCACCAAUGAUGAUACUAUUGCUGCCGGGUUGUUUCUUCCACAAUUGGCAAGCAUCGCCACACCAACUGGAACCCACCACAACUAA